GCUGUCGCCAGCGCCGCCGCGGGGACCCGUUAGAGCGGAAGCGCCGCCGCCGCCGCCUUCGCUGUCCGGGGGCCCCUAGUUCCCCGCGGGUGGGAGGUGGGAGCCAUGUCGAAGCGGCUCCGGAGCAGCGAGGUGUGCGCUGACUGCAGCGGGCCGGAUCCUUCCUGGGCAUCAGUAAACAGGGGAACUUUUAUAUGUGAUGAGUGCUGCAGUGUCCAUCGGAGUCUGGGGCGACAUAUCUCUCAAGUAAGGCAUCUUAAACACACACCCUGGCCUCCGACAUUGCUUCAGAUGGUUGAAACCUUGUAUAAUAAUGGUGCUAAUUCUAUAUGGGAGCAUUCUCUGCUGGACCCUGCCUCUAUUAUGAGCGGAAGACGUAAAGCUAAUCCACAGGAUAAAGUACAUCCCAAUAAGGCAGAAUUCAUCAGAGCCAAGUAUCAGAUGUUAGCAUUUGUCCAUCGCUUGCCCUGCCGGGAUGAUGAUAGCGUGACUGCCAAAGAUCUUAGUAAGCAACUCCAUUCAAGCGUGAGAACAGGGAAUCUUGAAACUUGUUUGAGGCUGUUAUCUUUAGGAGCACAAGCCAACUUCUUUCACCCUGAAAAAGGAAACACCCCACUCCAUGUUGCCUCCAAAGCAGGGCAGAUUUUACAGGCUGAAUUAUUGGCAGUAUAUGGAGCAGACCCAGGCACACAAGAUUCUAAUGGGAAAACUCCUGUUGAUUAUGCAAGGCAAGGAGGGCACCAUGAACUGGCAGAACGCCUUGUAGAAAUACAGUACGAGCUGACUGACAGACUAGCCUUCUAUCUCUGUGGCAGGAAACCAGAUCACAGAAAUGGACAGCACUUUAUAAUACCUCAAAUGGCGGACAGCAGCCUGGAUUUGUCUGAGUUGGCAAAAGCUGCUAAGAAGAAACUUCAAUCUCUAAGUAAUCAUUUGUUUGAAGAACUUGCCAUGGACGUGUACGACGAAGUUGACAGGCGAGAGACCGAUGCAGGUGACUUAACAUGUCGUGGCUGGGGUCUAAUAAUAGUCUGACCAGUUUUGUGUGCAUAUGUAUGUAUAUAUCUUCUACAUUGGGAAUAUUUCCAAUUAUUUUCUCACCUUUAGGGCAGACAGAAGUUAGCUCGGUUUAAUGCCCAUGAGUUUGCCACGCUGGUUAUCGACAUUCUCAGCGAUGCCAAGAGGAGACAGCAGGGCAGUCCUCUCUCUAGUUCAAAAGACAAUGUGGAGCUCAUACUGAAAACAAUCAAUAACCAGCACAGCGUUGAGAGCCAAGACAAUGACCAGCCAGACUAUGACAGUGUGGCAUCAGACGAAGACACGGAUUUGGAAACCACUGCAAGCAAGGCAAACAGACAGAAGAGUCUAGAUUCAGAUUUAUCAGAUGGACCAGUCACUGUACAAGAAUUUAUGGAGGUCAAAAACGCUCUAGUGGCUUCUGAGGCCAAGAUACAACAGCUAAUGAAGGUGAAUAACAACUUGAGUGACGAGCUGAGAAUUAUGCAGAAAAAGCUUCAAACACUCCAGAGUGAAAAUUCGAACCUCAGGAAACAGGCCACAACCACUAUAUAUCAGGUGCAAACUGGUUCUGAGUACACAGACACUUCCAACCACUCUUCCUUAAAGCGACGUCCAUCCGCCCGGGGCAGUAGGCCCAUGUCCAUGUACGAGACGGGAUCAGGGCAGAAACCAUAUCUCCCCAUGGGAGAGGUGAACCACCCCGAGGAAAGCAGGACGCGGCUCCAGCCCUUCCCCGCGCACAUUGGGAGGAGCGCGCUUGUGACCUCCUCUUCGUCUCUGCCUUCCUUCCCCUCCACACUCUCCUGGUCGAGGGACGAAAGCACCCGAAGGGCAUCCAGGCUGGAGAAACAGAACAGUACCCCUGAAAGUGACUACGACAACACUCCCAAUGACAUGGAGCCCGAUGACAUGGGGUCAAGCAGAAAGGGAAGGCAGAGGAGUACGGUGUGGCAGGGUGACAGCUCUGCACCAAAUGCCACAGAGCCCCACGCAGCCCCCAGCCCCUCUCUCCCCAGCACUGAGGACGUCAUCCGGAAGACCGAGCAGAUCACCAAAAAUAUACAGGAGCUCCUGAGAGCAGCCCAAGAAAAUAAACAUGACAGUUAUAUUCCCUGCUCAGAGAGGAUACAUGUAGCUGUUACAGAAAUGGCAGCAUUGUUCCCCAAAAAACCCAAGUCCGACAUGGUGAGGACUUCCCUCCGUUUACUGACAUCCAGUGCCUACCGCCUGCAGUCCGAGUGCAGGAAGACCCUCCCUGGGGACCCUGGCUCCCCCACGGACAUUCAGCUAGUCACUCAGCAGGUCAUCCAGUGCGCGUACGACAUUGCCAAGGCCGCCAAGCAGCUGGUCACCAUCACCACCAAAGAGAACAACAACUGAAGAGCGGAGCAUUGUCCCUUCUAUCUUCUAGGCUUUUUAAAGUCCGAUUUCAAAUUUAGACACGGACCUUUUCUGAUUUUUACAAAAAAAACAUUUAAUGACCGUUUAAAACUUUUUAAAAGAAAGCUCGGUAUUAUUUUUGCAUGUUUUCUAACAAAUUUUCAGCUAUCAAUUUAACCCACUUGCCUUAUUUUGUGCCUGUGUGCCAGUUCCAUUUCUGAUUUUCUGUUGUGUCGUCAGUGACUGUCGAGUUAAUGAUCGUCUGCAUCCGAAAGCACAGCUUCAUCGUUUAAACUCUGUUAGGACUUUUUCAUCCCUCAGAACUCCCUGCCUAGGGUUAAAACUAUAAAUGAGGUUUUUAGUAAAAUAUUUUCUUCAAAGAAUUGAGUUAAAAAAAAAAAAAGGU